CCAAGCACUAUUAAUAUGUUUAACCCAAAAGUUUGCGGGAUUCUGAAGCGAGAAAUGAACACGCGUACCUGUGUGUCGGGCACGUCACACGCUCAGGUUGUGCGCGCUCUCGAUAGAGGGAGCGAGAGGAAGGACGGAGGGCGGGGGGAGUGAAGCCGAGCGGCGGUUGGCGGCGCCCAUCCCCCACGGUAAAUACGAGUCUUUGGUCUCGGUGAAUUGACUGAACGAAGCCGAAAACUUGCGCCGCUGCUACUUGGAAUGGUCUGGCGUUUUCUUUCUUUUCAGAUGUGAACACAAACUGAACGGCUGACAAACCACUACGGAGAAAACUUUAAUACUUCAGCUUCAUCGGCACUGGAGCAAUUCGCUGACCGCAAGGGAAGGAUUGUGUUCUGAUAACGGUACCGUUGACUGGCAGUUGCGAGCAGAAACAAUAAAAUCCCACUGACCGGUGGGAAUAAAAAAAUGAGCCACUGGUUCGUUCUUUUUCGAGAAUAACAAGAUCCACAAACACCGCAGACAUGAAGAACGUGGACCAAGGGGAUAAAUGAAACGGUAGGCGACGCGCUCGCAGCCUGGGUGUGUGCGGCAUUGGCGAAGCAGCAGAAGGCUCGUCAGAUGCGGCUACCAGCAUCGAAGCGCUGCGACUCUACAAGUGGUACGGAUGCCUCGGGCUGCGGCUGCUGUGCAAAGACGAAAGCAUAUGCGAGUCCGUACAUCGAAUUUAAGACCACCACUGGGGCUAGCAUCUUAGCUGACUGCCACUACACCGAAGUCCCGUGCGCGUCUUUUUGACUUGGACUCCUUUUGCAUUUUUGGCUCUGCUCUUUAACACCUGCCAGGCACCUCUUUUGCAUUGUGCAUAGGUGAACAGACUUGUUGAGGAACGGCUCAAAGGUUGCUGUUUGUAUUUUAAGCCUAGAAGGUUCCUAUUUCUCAUUUGCAUCUUGUGACAGAAGAAUACCCCUGGAAAAGGAACCUUAAAACAAAUUAGAAACGCGAUGCGGAAUAACGACGACAUGGAUGGAUUUGACGGCGAGGCCUCCAACACGUCAAUGAUUUCUGGGGCCACCAGCCCUUACCAACCGACCACAGAACCGGUCCUGCAAAGACGUGGACUGGGCAGCAUCAGGUGCGACACGGAAUACCUGAAAUCCAACUUCGGUAUCCUGAAAGUCUUUGAAGUGGUUUUGUCAAUGAUGGCUUUCAUCUGCAUAGAGACCAUUAUGCAGUGUGCACCUUGUGGAAGUCUAUACUUUUUUGAAUUUGUGAGCUGUAGUGCAUUUGUCGUUACAGGGAUUCUUUUGCUAAUCUUCAGCCUGAACCUAAACUCUAAACUACCACAGAUCAACUGGAGCCUUACAGAUCUGGUUAACACUGGAGUUAGUAUGUUUUUCUUCUUCCUUGCAUCAGUUGUGUUGGCAGCUUUGAACCAUCGACUGGGAGCUGAAAUUACUGCAGUGGUGUUUGGCUUCUUGGUUACAAUAGUGUAUGCCUUCAACACAUUUUUGGCAGUAAAGAAAUGGCAGUUGAAUAGCCGGAGGAUGAAUGUAGGGCAAUCAAGUGAAUAUACACGUGCCAGGACAGAGUCUCGGGGUGAGGUGGAAUCCAGACCAGAGAUUCAACGACUAGAAGCCUGAAAAUUGAAAAUAACAAUAACACAUCGGUCCACCUUUCUCCUCAUCAUCUUCAAUGAUCCUUUGGAAAGCUGGAGAUCAUUCUUAGUAUUUAAAAAAAAAAAAAUCCUAAAAUUUCAAACUUGUAUAGCUACAAAAUCAAUAAGGAUUUUUCUCAAAAAAUAUUUCAUACUUUUGCUAUGGUGCAUUUUUUAAUUUAUUACCUUUUUAUCAUAUAUCUUGUUUAUAGUUUGAAUAAGAGCACCUGGGAAUAAAAAACAAAUCAAUUUUUUAUUUUUAUCUUUUAUAUUUUGUAUGGAAGGAAAACAAAAAAGUGGUAGUUGAAGACCUGCAAGAGAAAAUAGGAAAAUUCACCACUUAUUUGAUCCAGUGGUAGUUGAGAGCCUGAAUUUAACAUCUUUGUUUCUCUCUACAAUCAUUAGAAAAUAUGAAGCAUACAAUUCUGUGGUUGCUGAGACAACAAUUUCAGACAUGCUGCUUGUAUGCUAUUUUCUGGUUAUGUUGUAUUAAACUUUAAAUUUUUGCCUUAAAUCUGUUGGCAUUAAGGGAUUAAUUAAUUUGAGGCACAUUUAAAAAAAAACAUAAAAUACAGCAGGAAGAUGCAUCUGUCUGUACAGACAUGCCUAAAAACUUGUUUGUAAUUAAUUAUUCUCUUUUCAUUAUCAUUCUUUAACAAGUACUGGGAAAUCGGACUUUACAGCUGUUACCAGUGAGAGAGAAAUCGGAUACAAAAUCUUUCUGAAAGCUGUAUCAGGUGACAAAUUGGAUGUAAGCAAUGUAGAAGACUGCUGAUUGGAAGGAUAAUGAGGCAGAAUUGAAAAAUAAUGUGUUUUUUGUGUCCAGCCUUAGCAAUAUGUUCUUUAAAAGUAUUAUGAAGAACCCCCAAAAUAUGUAUUGUUAAAUCAUAUUUAUUGUGAAAGUAACAUUCAAGAUGAUCUGGAGGUUUUGUGUGUGCAUAUUGUAGGAGAAAAGGAUUGUAAAUAUUGGGUUAUGUCAGAACUGGGAGUGGUAUCAUUAAAAAAAAAAAAAAAAAACUAACUGAAUGUAAAUCCAGUUGUUUUCAAAAAUUGGUGUCAGCAGUUCUUACUUAGGCAUACUAUACAGCCAGUUGCUUUUUUUUUU